AUGUCACCGCCCUCAUUCCACCCCUUUCAUUUGCACUUGUUGCAGUCUCUGCAUUCUUCGUCCAAUGGCGGCGGCAAGAAGGAUUGCGAAGAUGAUAAUGGCGGCAACGAAGUGGAUGCCGCAUUUUGGAAGAUGGUACAUCAAUUCCUCCAAGAACGAGAAGGGUUAACGAAACAGCUCCGGCAUGUUUCUUCCAUGAAGCGCAUCGAGCAAGAAGCACUGCUCUUCCAGAAAGAGCAACACGACGAAUCUACCUCUCCGCCAACCGCCAAACGAGCCAAACUCUCGCCGCACAGCAGCUCGCCUCUGCGCCUGUCGCAGCAGCCGCCAGAACCAGGAUUAAAGUGUUUUGGCUUGGUGGGAAGACUGGUGAAGAAACGAGCCAGUGCCUCCGAGACGACGGUUCAGCGGAAAACCACACCGUAUGCGCCCAUCUUAACGCAGGUCGAAGCCGAGAUUGGAGUGUUGGAGACUAAAAUCCACAAGGCCCGUGAGACGUUACUGUCUCACAAGCAGCAAGCCAUGGAGGAUUUGUUGUCUCGCGCCAUUGUGGAGGAAUCGGCGCUUCUGGCAUUUGGCGGUAGCCACAGUAACAAUAACAAGAAUGAUUUUCAGCAAGCACAGCUGUCACUCUUGGCGACCAAUCUACAAUUGUGGCAGAUGCUCGCCUCGGAUAUGCGACAAGUCGUCCAGACGACAACAACAAAAUCAGCCACCACCAGUGCGUAUUAA